AUGUCUGACAAGCCAGAUCUGGAAGAGGUCACCAAGUUCGACAAGAGCAAAUUGAAAAAGACAGAGACACAGGAAAAGAACCCCCUACCUUCCAAAGAAAACCUGCACAUCAGCCAUGUCAGAUAUCAAGCUGUUGAGAAGAAUGGCAUUGCAUUUAAAGAUCACCAUAGCCUUACCUUUAGUAGUGCAUCACAAGCACUCUCACGUGUGCACAAAUAUAGACACCGCAAAAAGCACAAAAAGCGAAAGUCACCUUUUGAUCGAGUGUACUCAAAAUUGCCACCAGAAAAAAGGCGAAUAGACUUUGUGCUGGUGCACAAGAACAGACCUUCGGAGGAUAUUGAAGAUGAAAAUGACAGGCGUAAUGUGAAACACAGAGGACAGGAUGAACUCAGAAGGAAGUUUUUCACUUUGCUAGAAAAUGAGGGCUUUAUAGUACAGACCACAGUUGCUGACAAAAUAGUGUAUACCUGCCUUCACUGUCCCUUCAAGCGGCUCUGUCUGGAGGCAGAGAGAGUCAAGUUUGAAAUGCCUGUUAAAGAUUGUCCACAACUUCCCUCUGAAAAUGAAUCAUGUCUCCAAAAACUUAAAAUGUAUUUUGAGACAGAUAAUCAAGAAGAUUUCAUCACUACAGGAUUUUCCAUGAACAAGAUAGAUAAGUUUGAAGGAUAUGAAAAUCCAGACACAUUUUUUCGCCCAUCUGUUCGAUCAUUAUUGACAUACCAUAUUCUCAUCAAUUUGAACAUUGAUGAUGCAGCAGACGAGAAAGAUACACCUCAGAAAAAGAAAGGUCUUCCAUUCCUCCUAAUGGAUGGGACUUUCACUGACGCCUUCAGUUUACAUGAAGAAUCAGAAAAAAGCAUCACCAGGGGAGAUAACUAUCUUCCAGCACAAUCAAAGACACAAAGCAAACAUCCCUUGGAAUCAGAUCCACGCAAAGACUUGGACGACACAUGGCCAAAGCCUUUCAAGUUCCAGCCAAUGUGGAAGAUUCGAGACUACUUUGGAGAGCGAAUUGCACUGUACUUUGCGUGGUCAGGAUUGCUUGUCACAUCUUUAUGGAUUCCGACUUUGUUUGGAAUCAGCGUUUUCAUAUAUGGCCUCUAUGAAAGCACAACAGAUGACUCUUCCUACAUCAGUGGAUCAAAUCAGACAGGACUAACAGAGUCAUUCAAGCAAUAUUUUGAUGACUUCAAGAGGUCAUUUGACAACAGUCUGACACCUUACUUUGGACUGGUGAUAUGCAUUUGGGGUACUAUCUUUUUGGAGCUGUGGAAAAGGGAGAAUGCUGAACUUGCUUAUGAAUGGGAUGUGGAACAGUUUGAACUUAAUGAACCUGAUCGGCCAGAAUUCAUUGGCACAAAGCAAAAACAGGAUCCAGUCACUGAUGAUAAAGUGUGGUAUUACCCAAUCCAGCGCCAGAUCAUCAAGUUCACCUUUUCUGCCUCUGUUCUUCUUUUUAUGGUGCUGCUGGUGAUAGGAAGCGUUGUUGGCGUCAUCGUUUAUCGAGUCAUCAUCAGCAUCGACUAUUGUCCAGAUAUUGGAGGUGCAAAGUGCUUGAUGCUAGCCACCGUGGUAUCAUCCAUUCUCAAUGCUGUCUCCAUUCUCAUACUUGGAAAGCUUUACACAUGGUUGGCCAGAAAGCUGACUGAAUGGGAGAACCACCGCACCCAGACCAAGUUUGAUGAUGCCCUCAUCUUUAAGUUAUUUGCUUUCCAGUUUGUCAACAGCUAUGCCUCUUGUUAUUACAUUGCCUUCUUCCGGGGAAGAUUUUCUUCUUUAGGUCUGUUGGGAGAUAGCAAGUAUGAUGACAGCUGCGAGGGCAGUUGCAUGGCUCAGCUCUCAUUCCAAAUCCUUGUGCUCAUGCUGAUGAAACCCUUGCCAAAGUUUAUAAAGGAUGUUGUUAUUGUUGGUGUUAUUAAGCUACUGAGGAAACAUCCCAACUGGUGCCUGUGCUUCCAAAGCAAAUGUCCAUGCUGGAGAUCGUCUAAUCAGAUCAAUGAUUUGGAGGCUCCAAAAAUAAUUGCAAACACACAUUUACAGUUUAUACAACAUGAGCACAAGAAACCCACCCUAGGGGAUUUCACCUUUGAUGAAUAUAUGGAGAAAAUUCUCCAAUAUGGUUUCUUAAUGCUCUUUGCCACCUCUUUUCCUCUGGCACCACUCUUGGCCUUGCUGACCAACCUCUUCGACCUACGCGUGGAUGCUUUACGACUCUUAUGGUGGUACCGCAGACCUGUAGCAUAUGUAGCGCAGGACAUAGGAAUGUGGUACGAUAUCCUGCUGUUUGUGAACUUUUGCGGUGUGGUAUCUAAUGCUUUUAUCGUUGCCUUCACUUCACAUUGGGGAUCAUCGUACUCCAUAGCCGGGAAGCUCAUUAUUGUCAUUGGUUUUGAGCAUAUAGUAUUUGCAUUGAAGUAUCUUGUGGCUUAUAUCAUCCCUGAUGUCCCAGGCCAUGUUCAGCUGUCCAUGAGACGUGAACGAUACCUAAUCCAGAAGAAGAUGGAAGAGUCAAGUGAGAUCACAGGGCCUACAGCUCUUGGCUCAGACUCUAACAAUAUGCAAGAACCAGUUGACGCUGACCUUAUGCAGAAGCAUAACAUCAGUCCUUCUAAGGCUACGGACAGAGACCAUAUGACAGACUCCAGCAAGAACCCUGAGGUUGCAAGCACAGACAUUACAGAAAACAUGGAGCUAGUAAACAUCAGGAAACAGGAUGAAGUAAGCAUGUCGGAUGUUACUGCUCAAGGCUCUAAACUGUGGGAAACUGAACGGAGUGUGCCCCAAAUCAUCCACUGGUCAUCACCAUGUUGUUUGAUAUUUCCUUGCCCUAAGAACAACAUGGAGGAUGAGUAUAUCAUCUGACAAAUUUGCUCAAAGGUUUCAUUCUGAGAUUUUCUCAGUGUUGUGACCACUCUAGCAUCCAACAGAUCCACAUCCAGUGGUAUGACCACUAUACCAACAGGUCCACAUCCGGUUUCCCAACUUCUCAUGGCAUGUACUGCAUGGCAUCUAAGGAUGUGCACUUAUACCAUCUGAUAGCAUCUGUAGUUUAUAACAUCUGUUGACUUUUAUUUAAUGUGUUUUGAUGUGCCAUGUUGGUAUGAGAAGGAAUUGGUGGGGUAAAAAAAUGCACAAAGUUUACGACACAUAAUUAAUCUCAAGACUUCAUUACAUUUUACUGCACAAAAUGUCCAUCUUCACUCUAUGUCAAGGGAUGUCUGUAAUCUUCAGAGACAAAACUGCUUGCAAGUAUGUUUUCUACAUUUAUAAAUCCCUUGUUAAUUAAUGUCUAUAAAGUUUCUGAUACUAAAUGAUAGCUAGACCAAAGAUGUUUUAAUCCAUGACAUUCUGUAGAUGGAAUGAAGUGUUGAUGGCAUAUAAGUGUGAGUACUGAUGUAAGUCAGUCGAUUCAGGGGAGGCAUUUAAUGUUCUCAAACUGGCAUAAGAUAAAAUCUCUUUACACAAACUCUGGCAGCAGCUACUCCUAUUUCUAUUUAUUUGAAACAUUUCAUAAAUGACAAAGGUUUUUGUGUGUCUCCAGAAACCUGUUACAGACAAGUUUUUUGUACUUUUUGUGUAAAAAGUGUGGUUUAUUCUUUCAUACAUUGUCUACAAAAAUAUGCAGGUGUGGAAGGAUUUCAUUUUGAAUCCUUUGUUUUUGCACAAAAACUGCAUUUGUUUUCUUAUGCUUUACUGUGCCUUUUCUACUCAACAUUUUUUUGUUUGUUACCAUGGAUGAAUUUAGUGCCACAUGAAGAACAGUAUGAAGAUUUUGGUUCCUGUUUCUUGAAGGGUUUGGGAAAAUAGAUAAGUGAAUGAAUGAAUGACUAUGAAUGACUAUGAAUUUUGCUAGAUACUAUGUUGAUACCAUCUAAUGCCCUGCAGGUAAAAUUUUACAUCACAAAUAUAUUUGAAUGAGGCACAGUUCAAAAAUUCUCUAGCUUUAUGCAGCUGUAAAGGUAAACUUACCAGUUCCAGCUAAGGCAACAAAUUUCAAAAAUAUGUGACUGUUGUGCAAACUCUACAGGAUAAAUAAGGGGAAGGAACUGGCUCGCUCUUAGCAGCAGCAGUGGCACGUGGAAGAAAUAAUUUAGCCAUGGGACAAUGAUUAAUUUGCCACAUCCCAGUUACAGUGACAGACUAGUCGGUAAAGAAGAUCUAGAGUAGCUUGUUGACCUCAGUAAUGCAUCAGUAUCAUUACAGUAUGGAGAGCAACAAAGAAAAGGCUAAUUUGAUGAUUGACGACAUCAUUAAUGGUAACAGCACAGACACUGAUAACUGAAGGGCAAGAAGUGAGAGACUAUUUUCAGUUUAGGAUACAUGGCAUCAGCUGUCUUAGGUAAAAGUAUGAAAGUCAGAAGUGCCGUCAGAAUAGUGCCACGAACAGCAGGGCUGACUAAACUGAAAUGCAUCCUGACAUUUCUCUCCAGUUUAUGACUCAUGUUAAUGUGCUUCCUGGUAAUCUCCAUCUUCCAACAUGCAUGUGAACCUUGGACCCUCUUGAUCACAGUCUUGCAAAAGAGAAAAAGGAAAUUUUCACAAAGAUGUUUCUUCUUAUAAAAUUAGAUCGUCAAAAAGGAUGCACAAAACGAAAUAAAUAUUGUCAAAUAAUUAAUGUGUUUUAGCUUUAUGAUACUUCUUCCACUAAAACAUAUUUUGUACUGUGGGGGUGAGGAAGGAGAUACAUGGGGAGAGUGAAGGGGCAGGUGUUGGAGGGGAGCGUGAGCUGCUCUGUGAUGCUGCAGGUGUUUUUUUUUUGUUUUGUUUUUUUUUUUGGGGGGGGGGCAUUUUUUUACUUUAUUUAUUGUUAUCCUACAAUAAAGUUCUGGUUAUAAAUGAUCAGUGAAGAAAGUCUAUGGUUUAACCUAUGUCAAAGAUAUUACAGCUCAAUGGUUAUUCUAGCCAAGCACUCAUUAAAUUCAUUUAUUUUUGUUUAUGA